UGUAUGUUGUUAUGGUCUUGAAGUAACUAUGGAUGCCUGCCUGGUUGUGCUCGUGUCAGCUCUGUGAACAAUUGAAUAGUCAUGAAGGAGUCUGCCUAUUCGCUUGUGCGCUUAACUUAUUGGUAUCCAAAGAAAAAGAGGAGGGGUGAAUCUCGUUACUUUACUCAAUGGAGUCGACACAGCAUCUGACAGAUGAGUAUAUCACAGACUUUGAUCUGGAACAACUGGAGAUGGUACCAGUAAUUAAAAUGGAGUCCGACAAGGAUCGUUUCUCAAGCACAUGCUGUAGUAAUAUAUCGGAGUGUUCCCAAUCGGCACCGACCAGUCCCGAUGAUGGAGAGUCGAGCAUGUCAUCAGCGUCUCCGGACGUGACCAGCUUGCAGCCACCCGUUAAAAACUUCAUGGAGGAAAUCUACUGGUUCACAAACACACACAGCAAUCACGACAUAUCUCAGAACGGAGUGUUAGAUUUGUUUCUAAGCAACUCCUCACCAAACCCGAAUUUGGGAAGCAGCAGAAGCCAGUCAAGGAAAAACAGCACUUCGUCCAUAUCUUCAUCAACGUCCGCAUCAUCAUCAUCAGUGUGUAUAAAAAGGAGCUUCAAAGCGCGUUCGUCGCCCGAUCUCGCCAAAUGUGAGCUCAAUGAUGACGAACUGGUAUCGCUGCCGGUACGUGACCUCAAUAAGCGGCUACACGGGUUUCCGAAAGACGAAGUGAGUCGUUUGAAACAGAAACGUAGGACGCUGAAAAAUAGGGGUUACGCCCAAAAUUGUCGUUCAAAACGCAUGCAACAGCGAAACGAGUUGGAGCGGACGAACAAAUCUUUGCAGCAACAGUUGUCAGUUAUACAACGCCAAAUUGGACUGGUUACACGUGAGAGAGACUAUUAUAAAGACUGCUACGAGCGGCUACAAAGAAAAAGAGAUAGUUCGUUAUCCAGUUCACCAAGCCCACUAACUGAAUAGAUAAAUAAAACAAAUUAAUAAAUAAAUAAAUAUAUUAUAUUAUAUAUAUAUGAAGGAAUUAUUGAUGAGAAAAAGACGGAGAGUAAUUGACAGCAAUUAUAUAUUAAAAAGAAAAAAAAUUUAGAUAAAUGAUGAAUAAUGUUAUGGAUAAUAAUAAUAAUAAUAUUUCUGAGAGAAUUGAGUUAGCAAAAAUAAAAAAAAAAACAAUAUAAAAAAAAAGAUACAACAUCAGCAACAAAGACAAAUCGUAAACUAAUAAAGAAAUUAUUAUCAUUGUUAUUGCAAUCAUAAAUGAUGAUUAAUGCAGAAAGCAUCUCAUUUUUAAAGACAUGGAUUACACGGGGAGCCGCAGUAGCACCGGCGGCAGCAGAAGCAGCAUCAGCAGCAGCAUCAGCAGCAGCAUCGACUACAGGUGAAGCAGUAACGGCCAGAGCAGCAGCAGUGUGAAACGUCUUAGGAUGGAAUAUAAAACAUGAAAGACAAAAGUUUAUUACACUCACCAUUGUUCGUGGAUAUCAUCAUCAGUUGCAGAAUGUAAUAGCUUUGUAUAUAUAUAUAUAUAUAU